AUGAGAGUUGUUAAAGACAUUUUGCUUCAGUUAACAUGGAGGGUUUCUAAUCCUUUUAACUUAAACUUGGCUUCUUUACGACAUUUGUGUGUUGAAAUGUGUGCAGUUGUUUUACAUUCAAAUCUAUUGAGAUUGAGGGUAACAUCAAAAAGAAAUCGAUUAAUUUACGCAAUCAUAUCAAAAGAAGCGAAAGGACUUGCAAAAUACAAUUUUCUUAGAUACAAAGAAGCAAACAGGAAAUUGAACAUUUCAUCGACAAAAGAAAAUCGAAAUCGGUAUCACAACAUGUGGCCGAUGAAGGUUGUUUGCUUAAAGUUGCAUUGUGAAGUUGAAAGAUGA